AUGGGUCUUACAAUAUCUUCCCUUUUCACGUCGUUGUCGUCGUUGAUACGAUGGAGCAAAGACCAAGAUGUCCGUAUACUCAUGCUCGGCCUCGACUCGGCUGGCAAGACGACAAUCCUGUACCGAUUACAGAUUGGAGAAGUAGUUUCUACGAUCCCGACAAUCGGCUUUAAUGUAGAGACUGUUCAGUAUAAAAACAUUAAGUUCCAAGUAUGGGACCUUGGAGGGCAGUCUAGCAUACGGUGUGUACAACUUAAUCUCCGUCAGCAAUUCCUGAAUGGUGCUCGAAGGCCAUAUUGGCGAUGCUACUUCCCAAACACAUCUGCCAUCAUAUACGUUAUCGAUUCUUCGGAUCAUGCGCGGUUGACGACGUCACGGAGUGAACUGUUGACCAUGCUUUCGGAAGACGAACUCAACGGCGUACCACUCCUUGUAUUCUGCAAUAAGCAAGAUGUCGAAGGAGUACUAAAACCUGAAGAUAUCAGCGAACAACUUGGUCUCGCAGGUCACGAGACGUCAAGACCAUGGAGUGUGCGUGGGAGCUGUGCAACAGAGGGGCAAGGUCUGGAGGAAGGAUUAGACUGGUUGGUGAAUGCAAUACAGAAAAAGUAG